AUGUCAGCAAAUGAAUUACCUUCUUCAGCUCAAGCCUUCCAAGAACAAAUCCUUGGCGGUUUUGUCUCUAGAAAGCUACUUCUGCACAACCCAUUUGACCACAACACACAACGAGCCAUUGCGGUUGCACCAUCUCCUUUCAUAACUCAUCAGCACAACCUCAGUGGGAAUGUCUUGAUGCUCCUCUCAGUUCUCAUCUGUGGGGUCAUCUGCUGCCUCGGGUUACACUACAUCAUUCGCUGUACAAUCAGACGUUCUUCAAGUCUUCUGAUCUCCGAGCCUAUCUCAAGUCUUCCAACACCACGAGGUUCACAAAACAAAGGAAUCAAGAAGAAAGUUCUUAGGAUGUUCCCGGUCGUGAGUUACUCACCUGAGAUGAACCUGACAGGGCUUGGAGAAGAGUGUGUCAUCUGUUUGUCAGAUUUUUCUUCCGGUGAAAAGCUCAGGCUGCUCCCUAAGUGCAACCACGGGUUCCAUGUUCGUUGCAUCGACAAGUGGCUUCAACAACAUUUGACUUGUCCCAAAUGCAGACACUGUCUAGUUGAGACAUGUCAAAAGAUCUUAGGUGACUCCAGUCAAGUGAUGGAAACACGAACAGAGAGUGUAAUUGUCAUGAUUGCUCCUCUAGAACCUGAAGGAAGAGUAAACACUUUUAGAGAAAGCAGCUAG